GCUGCAGUGGGAGGCGUCGAGCAGAGAGCGCACGGCGCCGCGUCGUGGCUCCAGGCCGCCGCGGUGAAACUGGAGCGCGCGCGUGACAUGCCGGGGCUGGACGUGACCACGCCGCUGGCAAAUCCGACGCCGAUGCCGGAGGCGACCGCGGCGCCGACGCUGGCGCAUCCGACGGCCGCGGCUGGCGCGGGGAGUUGGUGCGUGGCGAGCCCGAGCGCGGGCGCGGCGGCGCUGCAGGUGGCGCUGGACUACGCGUGCGGGCAGGGCGCGGACUGCUCGCCGAUCCAGCACGGCGGGAGCUGCGCCGACCCGGACACCGUGCGCGACCACGCCUCCUACGCCUUCAACUCUUUUUUUUCGAAAAGGACCAACCUCGUCCAGACCAGCUGCGACUUCGCCGGCGCCGCCAUCCUCACCAGCACCGAUCCCAGCACCACCUCCUGCAAGUACCCAUCCACCAGCACCGGUGCAUCCAUCCUGAACACGACGAAUCCGAUGACCCCGGUGGCCCCGAUGUUCGGAUCCCCUCCCGGGGGCUCCUACAACUCCCCUCCUGGUCCUGGCGGCUACUACAACUCCCCUCCUCUCUACGGGUCCAUGUCGCCUCCGGACUACGGCGGCAGCAUCAGCUCCGCCACGGCGAUGAUGCCGGGCAGCAAGAGCACGACGGCCGUCACAACGACGCUGACGUGCCUCCUCGUCACGACGAUGUCCCUCGGCCUGCACAAGUAA